UUACAUAAUACUCUUCCUUUCGUUGAUUUCACUUUUAUUUUGGCUUCGAUAAGAUCAUUCGGUGCGAUCAUUGUUUCCCUUGCAACGGCGCAGACGCAGACACCGACCUGACGAGAUGCUGUCCAAAGCUCGAGUUCUUUUUGCCCGUUCCAUGGUCCACCACCAGGGGUCGAUCGCGAACAUCCUCGCCACGCAACAAUGUCGCCUGCUGCACGUUUCGGAGGCCAACGUGCUGCCGACGGAGGUGAACCGACAAUCUCCCGAAUUCAAGGAAAACUACACCCAAAUGAACGACCUGGUCACCAACCUGAGACGCAUCACCGAGGACGUCCUUGCCGGGGGUGGACCGGAAGCGGUGAAAAGGCACACUUCGAAGGGAAAACUGCUGGCACGUGAUCGUAUCAACCGUCUGGUUGAUCCUGAGUCUGCCUUCCUGGAGCUUUCCACAUUGGCGGCGCAUGAAAUGUACGGCAAGGAUGUGGUGAAUUCGGCCGGAAUCGUUACCGGUAUUGGGCGGGUGCAGGGCGUAGAGUGUGUAAUCGUAGCGAACGAUGCGACCGUCAAGGGUGGCACGUACUAUCCGAUCACGGUAAAGAAGCACCUCCGUGCCCAAGAGAUCGCCCAGGAGAACAACCUGCCGUGUAUCUAUCUCGUCGAUUCGGGUGGCGCCAACUUGCCCCGGCAGGCCGAGGUGUUUCCCGACAAGAUGCACUUUGGGCGCAUUUUCUACAACCAGGCGAACAUGUCCGCACGCGGUAUCCCUCAGAUUGCGGUCGUUAUGGGUAGCUGCACGGCAGGCGGUGCCUACGUGCCAGCUAUGGCGGAUGAAAGCAUCAUCGUAAAGGGUAAGGGUACCAUUUUCCUUGCCGGUCCCCCGCUGGUAAAGGCAGCCACUGGAGAGGUCGUUUCGGCGGAGGAACUUGGUGGAGCGGAUUUGCACUGUCGGACGUCCGGUGUGACCGACCAUUACGCGGUUGACGAUGAGCAUGCCCUGUAUCUCGCGCGUCAAAUCGUGAAGAACUUGAACCGUCCGGGAAGUGCAAAUUACAAUGAACUUCUCAGCGUCAACACUAAAGCGAUGAUAGCGCACGAAGGACUCACGUUCGGUCCCGAACCGGAAGCACCGCGGUAUCCGGCAUCCGAUCUGUACGGUAUAGUGGGUUCGAAUCUCACGAAAUCGUUCGAUGUACGCGAGGUCAUUGCUCGCAUCGUCGAUGGAAGUCGGUUUACCGAGUUCAAGAAGUUCUACGGCGAAACGAUCGUCUGCGGGUACGCCCGACUCUACGGGCAGCUCGUUGGAAUUGUCGGCAACAAUGGUGUUCUGUUUUCCGAGAGUGCCCUCAAGGGUGCCCACUUCAUUCAGCUGUGCGCCCAGAAGCGCAUUCCGCUGAUCUUCCUGCAGAACAUUACCGGCUUCAUGGUGGGUCGUGACGCGGAAGCGGGAGGAAUCGCAAAGAACGGCGCCAAGAUGGUAACGGCGGUCGCGUGCGCUAAUGUGCCCAAGCUGACACUCAUCAUCGGAGGGUCGUACGGGGCAGGCAACUACGGUAUGUGCGGGCGGGCGUAUUCACCCCGAUUCCUGUACAUGUGGCCGAAUAGUCGCAUCUCGGUGAUGGGCGGAUCACAGGCCGCCGGCGUGCUGGCCCAGAUCACCGAGGAGCAGUACCGUCGGACGGGCCGCGAAUGGACCGAGGAGAUCGGCAACCGCAUCAAGGCUCCGAUCGUGCAGCAGUUCGAGGCGGAAGGAUCGCCGUACUACAGCACCGCGCGACUGUGGGACGAUGGAAUCAUCGAUCCGGUCGAUACGCGUCGCGUUCUCGGGCUAAGCCUGCAGGCAGCCCUUAAUCAACCGGUCGGUGACACCCAUUUCGGUGUGUUCCGCAUGUAAUGGGAACGAUGCACGGUUAUUGUUCAGGGCAACCAGUUUUGCAUUUAUCUAGUGUGUAAGCCAACAACGAACGAAAUUGUCCUCGAACUCUGAGAGGAAGGCAAAGACGUUCCUCUCCACAACGAACACUUCCAGCAACAUUGCAUUUAAUGCAUUCCAUAAUGCGGUUUUAUUGGGCGUAAAGCUAUAGAGAGGCACAAAGUGCCCGGCAAACAGGUUUCUUUACGUGUGCAUUAUAUUUUCUAAAAUGUUAUAUCAAAUAUAUCGAUCCACCAGA